UGCUGCUUAGCUCCUCGCUGCCAUGUCGCAAUAUAUCCUGCUCGACGAGCUCCUCACAAUCAUAGACGUCGACUCGUCAAAAUACGAAAGAGUGGCCAGAAUCACAGGCCAGUCUUCAGGUGAUGACCUCAACAUCACGCUCGAUAUCAACUCUGAGCUCUACCCAAUCAACAAGGACGAAACCAUCUCCCUGCAAAUCAGCAGCACCCUCACAGAUGAACUACGCGACCAAGCAGACUACAUCAUGUUUGGCAAGAUUUACCGGUUCGAUGAAGCAAAAGGCGGCAAGACGAGUGUCCUUGUCAGUUUCGGCGGGCUUCUCAUGCGUGCAGAGGGCAACGACCGUAAAUUGUCGCGGCUCUCACAAGGCGAUGUCUACCUACUGCUUCGCAAGUAGAAUCUCAGGGCCUUGUAUAGAAAAGCAUCUAGACUGCCUCAACAAACGUGUACUGCCCAG